AUGUUUGCGAGAACACCCCUUUGCUCGGCUUGCAAGCGACCGGUGGCUGCUCGCCUGCUACGGUUUUCACAGAAUCAAUAUUUACAUGCAUCACCGGCAUUGGGUCUCCCGCGCCGCAAGGACUUCUUUUCCUCCAACGCCAACCUCGCACAGAAUCAGCUAAGCAAAAAUGACGGGCCCUCGGACAAUUCAGAUUUCCAGAAGCAGCGACGACACAGCGGGAGAACACCUGCUGCCCCAACAUCAUUGCGACGAGUUGCAGUAGAGGCACAGAGAUCGAAGGACGGGUUUCUUUCAAAAGCCCAGCUCAAGGAGCAGGGCAUUGACCAGUCUAAGACAAUCACUGCCUACGCCGUAGCCGAGCAAUUCAAUAUACGCAAAGUCCGAGAGAUCCUGCAAGAGAAGGGCUAUGAGCCUGAUCCACUAGCCACCGGACUCUAUCCACAAGUGGUUCACGUCCAGAUACCCAUCGAUUCAAUCCGACGGGUAGGAAACCCGUCAACCGCUGGCCUAUCAUCCGACGAGGUUGGUGAUAUAUUUGUUUUCCCGUCUGGAACAGUAGUGGCAUGGUCACUCCCGGAUGGGUUUACUUCAUUUUUGGCGACGAGAACCUUACUUCCGGCCGCUGAAGGAGCCCAUGUGGACAAUUUGGAAACGGAAGACCUCGAGUUUGUUGAGGAUCCCCAGCGAGAAAACAGCAGCAUCAAGGGCGACACCAUCAUUCUCGGCACUAGAUCGACGGAUCAAGGACCAGAAACAUCGCGUACAAAUCAACAAUCCGUUGACACCGUUCUAACUAAAGUUGCAUUCUCGUCGGGCUUGGCACGAAGUACCAAACUCGCAGUACUUGAGAGCCUUUUAUCAAAUUAUUUCGAAUCAACCCGCACCAUUCCCACUCUCCUCUCGCAGGGCUCGCGCCUACCCUUUACUCGGGACUUUGUCCUUCGCAAGACGGGCCAGCUGCUGAGUGUCCGCGCGCAACUCAACCUUUACUCGGAGCUUACCGACUCUCUCCCGGACCUAUUCUGGGACAGUCGACAUGAGCUUGGCUUAGAGGGAUACUACGAACAAGUGGGCCGAGCUCUCGAUGUGGGAAUCCGUAUCAAGCUUCUGAAUGAAAAGAUGGAUUAUGCACAAGAGAUUGCAAGCGUGCUCCGCGAGCGUCUUAGUGAAACCCAUGGACUUCGGCUUGAAUGGAUCAUUAUUCUGCUCAUUGCCGUCGAGGUGGGCUUCGAAGUGCUACGGUUGUGGAAGGAGAGGGUUCACGAGGAGGAAGAAACAGCGCGGAAGCGAUCAUCUGAAGCUGAGAAUGUUUAA